AUGCGUAUGUACCGCGUAAUCACCGGUAUGACCAAGAAUUCAUAUAAUGCAAGAGACUUAAGCACCGUAUCAUUGGACGUAAGUACCAAACGAUGCCAGUAUAGGGCAAGGAUUCCGAAGGCACAUUCGAUAACUGCGCAAGAGAUAGAUGAUGUCACCGAAAUUGAAGGGAAUUCAGAAAUAGAAGGCGAAACUUCAGCUACGGAUCAAGAAACUCCGACCGUAUCAAACAAUAGUAAGGGGAUCUUCGUAGAAUAUGAGAAAAAUUUCGGGAGAUUCAGCAUUGAAGUCGGUGGAUUCACCGCAGGAACGAUAGCCAUGCUUACAUCAGGUUUGGACUUGGAUCUUACUGCUAGCAGAUACUAG